AAGAAAAAGAAAUAGAAACCUAGUUUGUUAUUUAGAAGAAAAUGUAAGAAAGCAACAAGGAAGUAACAAAAACACAUGAAAAGAAUGGAUAACGUAUGUAGAAUAUGUCUGAAAGGGGGGCUCCUCUCCUCAAUUUUUGUGGAUAAUUACUCAGUGUCUUUACGAGAUAUGAUAGAGUAUUGUAGUAAUGUUAAGAUAUAUGAUAAUGAUGGUUUACCAGAUCAAAUAUGCAGCAACUGUGUAUACAAGUUAGGAGUAGCCUAUCAUUUCAAACAUUUAUGUGAAAGUUCUAAUGUUCGUUUAAGGGAACACCAUGGACUACAAGCAGUCAGUAGAACAACUGAUAUUGGCAUAAUGACAGAUUCACCAGAGAGUUUUGCAAAAAAUUCUUCUACAUUAAAAAGAAUGGGUAACAACAUUGUGACUAAAUGGUCCCAGGAUGUUGCCGUUAUGACAGAUCCAUAUAUACCUCGAACUACAUUAAUUAAAAAAUGCAAAUGCAAUCUUGGCCAGAAAAAAAGGAGAUCAAAUUACACUAGGAAACCAGAAUCGGAAAAAAAGAAGCGUGGUCCUAAACCAAAACCGAAGCAAAGUCACACUUGUGAAGAAUGCCAUAAAGAAUUCCGAUGCAAUGCUCAACUGGAAAUGCAUAUGAGGACACACACUGGCGAACAACCAUAUGUUUGUAUGUACUGCCCUCGUGGUUUCUCUCAGAAACAUAACCUCACAAUACACUUACGAACCCACACCGGUGAGAAGCCUUUUAAGUGCCAUGUGUGCAGUAAAAAAUUCUCUGCUCAAAGUAAUCUUCAGACACAUCUUAAAAUCCACACUGGCCAAAAAGAUCAUGAAUGCUCCGUGUGCCAUAAAUCUUUUAUAACAUCUAGUGAACUGACUCGACAUAUGAGUAAACAUAAAGGUGUCAAAGACUUCAAAUGUGAUGAAUGCAAGGCUGCUUACAUCCACUGCAGAGAUCUUAAACUACACAAAAUGAAAAAACAUGCCAACACAUCACAAAAAUCUAUGCAGAAUGAGGGUUACAAUAACAGCAACCACAUUGACAUAGUAGGUGUUGACGACGGACGGGAAAUACAUUUGAAGAAUGACAAAGAUGUCACUCUCUAUACUGGUCACACAAUUGGUGUGAAAAAUGAACCCAACCAUAGUUUUUUGGAUCUUGAAAAGGAGAUAUUUCAAACAUUCCCUGAUUAGUAAUAGAAAUAAUAUAAAGUAUUUAUGCAUAUUGUAAUUCACCAACUGGAAUAUGUUACAGUACCAAUUUCACUAAUAUAAAUACGAAUGUAUGGAUGUUUGUGAGAAAGUAAUCUUCGGAACAGCUGCAAUGAUCACAGUGAAAUUUGUCAUACAUGUAGAAGUACUAAGUUUAUUUUUAAUUCCAAGCAGACGGAGUCACGGACGAUAGCUAGUUGUCACACCAAUCUGUCGCAGCAAUGGCUACCCUGCACGGUUAGGAACCACUCAGCUAUAGCUCCAUUACAAGCAAUUUGACUGGUUCUAUGUUUUGUCUUACAUAUGAGUUAGAUUAGAUUUAUUAUCCAUACAAGUAAUUUAUAUUGUUAGGCAGUUAGGCUAUGGUAAGCUUUUUAUAUUAUGUAUUGAAGAGUAUUGUAAUAAUGAUUAAAUAAAUACUGCUAUGCACUUC